AUGUCUCAACUCUGCCCGAUAAACAAAUGCGCUCGCACAUCACGUGGCUUGUGUGAUUGCUGUCAGAAAAAUCUGUGUUUACAACAUUUAAGUGAACAUAAUGCGUUACUUGUCGCCGAAUUGAACCCUUUCACUGAUGAAAUUAAUGCACUUGGCAAUCGUCUCAGCACACUGAAUAUUCAGAACAUUACUAGCAACCACCAUCAAAAGCUUCAACAAUGGCGUGACGAUUGUUUCAAGAAGAUCAAUUAUUUCUUUGAAAGGAAAUGUCAAGAGAUCGAUCAACUUAUUAACGAAAAAGUCGAACAACAUAGAAAACAACUAAAUGAAAUAAGUUUAAAAAUAGCUGAUCGUAUUAAUGCACAAGAAACAACUCGCAAAGAUAUCGAUUCAUUGAACUCAUCUAUAGCGCAUCUGAAAAUUGAAAUGAAUAAGAUUGAACAAAUAUGCUUUACGAUCGAUACUCGCCCGUUAGUAAUAGACGACUCAUUCGUUGUUAUUCAGAAAACGACUGAACAUGAGCUUGAUUUAUCGACUCUCUCGCGGGCCUAUAGAACUAUAGAUCGCCCAGAGGACAGCUUUCUAUCAUUAGCUGACAAUGACCAACACUUAUUAUUACAUUUGAAUCCGAAUUUAUGUUUAUUCGAUCGGGAGAUGAACAAAGUAAAUCAAGUCUUGUGGAAUCAGCUCGAUAUUCAAGACAUGUGCUGGUCGUCAACAUUAGACCAGUUUAUUGUUCUUGGGAGAAAGACCAUCUUUCUCAUUAGUGAAAAUACAAUGUCAAUUAAUGAGGUGAAGGCAAUUAGGGAAGGAGAUUGGUUAUCCUGUACAUGUUCAGACACAGUUCUCUUUGUUAGCACUAAUGAAUUGGGUUCUUCAAUUGUAGAAUUUGCCUUAGUACCAACAAUGAAAUCGAUUAAGAAAUGGAAAUCUCCUAUUACAUGUACCAAGGAUAAUUAUAUCGAUGGUAUUGUUUAUAAGAAUGAAAAUCUUGCUCUGAUGAUUAUGAAUGAUAUUAAGAAAUCACUACGUAUCGAACUUAGAUCUGCAAGCAACUUGGAUUACAUCUGGUCGAUUCCACUUGAUGUAACAUGUGUCAAAACAAUACCUUUUCGGUGUUGUGCACUGACUUGCAAUGAAUGGCUUAUUGUAGACUAUGAGACUGAACAAAUGUUGCAGAUCACAAAAGAUGGUGAAAUAAAAACAAUACUUCAUUAUUACCCAAGACCGUAUCGUGCUACCCUAUUUGAGGGAAAUAAACUAGUUAUAGUGACCACGGAUAGUGUACUUCUGCAUAGUAUUCAAUAA